AUGAAGCUUAUACGGCAACAAUGUAAAAACAAUGGAGAUGCAGAUUUUGCCACAUCCAGAGAAAUCUAUCGGACGUUGCUAAAGAGAUGUGCCCAUUUGAACAAAGUCAAUGAAGGGAAGAUUAUCCAUGCCCAUCUUCUCAAUUCUGGAUUCAGAGACGAUCUUGUUAUGAAAAACACCCUUCUCAAUAUGUAUGCGAAAUGCGGUGAUUUGGCUAAUGCGCGUAAACUGUUUGAUGAAAUGUCUAGCAGGGAUGUUGUCACUUGGACUGCUUUGAUUGCCGGGUAUUCUCAACAUGAUAGACCUCAGGAUGCGCUUCUUUUGCUCCCUGAAAUGCUGAGGAUUGGAUUGAAACCUAAUCAGUUCACUUUGGCAAGUUUAUUGAAGGCGGCUUCUGGGGUAGGGUCCCCUGAUGUUUUGCUGGGUAGGCAGCUUCAUGGGUGUUGUUUAAAGUGUGGUUAUGAUUUGAAUGUGUAUGCGUGUAGUGCUACUUUGGACAUGUACGCUAGAUGUGAUCAUUUGGAGGAAGCCCAGUUGAUAUUUGAUGGUAUGGUGAGCAAAAAUGAGGUGUCUUGGAAUGCUCUGAUUGCUGGCUAUGCUAGGAAGGGUCAAGGAGAGGAGGCUUUUCGUUUGUUCUCGAACAUGCUGAGGGAGAAUGUUGAACCUACUCACUUUACCUAUUCUAGUGUUCUUAGUGUUUGUGCUCGCAGUGGGUCGUUGGAGCAAGGGAAAUGGGUUCAUGCCCUUAUGAUAAAAUGGGGUGAAAAGCUAGUUGCUUUUGUUGGAAACACUUUGCUUGACAUGUAUGCAAAAUCAGGCAGCAUUGAGGAUGCGAAGAAAGUUUUUGAUAGGCUGGUGAAACGGGAUGUUGUUUCAUGGAAUUCAAUGCUUACUGGAUAUGCUCAACAUGGACUUGGGAAGGUAGCUUUACAAAAGUUUGAAGAAAUGCUGAGGAUUAGAAUUGCUCCUAAUGAGAUAACAUUCUUGUGUGUUCUUACUGCUUGUAGCCAUGCAGGCCUUUUGGAUGAAGGACAGCGUUAUUUCAACAUGAUGAAGAAAUACAACGUGGAACCACAAAUUUCACAUUAUGUCACAAUGGUUGAUCUUCUUGGUCGAGCUGGACAUCUUGAUCGAGCCAAACAAUUCAUAAGUGAAAUGCCAAUGAAACAUACUGCUGCUGUUUGGGGAGCGUUGCUGGGCGCUUGUAGGAUGCAUAAGAAUAUGGAGUUAGGUAGUUAUGCAGCUGAACGUAUUUUUGAACUGGAUCCUCACUAUCCAGGGACACACGUAUUGCUUUAUAAUAUAUAUGCAUUAGCUGGUAGAUGGAAUGAUGCUGCUAAAGUGAGAAAGAUGAUGAAAGCAAGUGGAGUGAAAAAGGAGCCUGCUUGUAGCUGGGUGGAGAUGGAGAAUGAAGUCCACAUGUUUGUGGCAGAUGACGAUGCCCACCCACAGAGAAGAGAGAUCCAUAAUAUGUGGGAGCAGAUUAGUGAUAAGAUCAAGGAAAUCGGUUAUGUACCAGACACUAGCCAUGUGCUUUUGUUUAUGGACCAACAGGAGAAGGAAGCAAAGUUACAGUACCAUAGCGAGAAGCUUGCUCUAGCUUUUGCACUUCUCAACACACCUUCUGGAUCCACUAUCCACAUCAAGAAGAACAUUAGAGUUUGUGGUGAUUGCCAUUCAGCAUUCAAGUUCGUGUCCAAGCUGGUGGAAAGGGAAAUCAUUGUCAGAGAUACCAAUCGGUUUCAUCAUUUUCGUGAUGGCGCCUGUUCGUGUGGGGACUACUGGUAG